AUGUCGUCUUCUCUGGCAGCGGACGCUGCUUUUGACUUUACUUUCCCUUCGUGUGACCCGGCCACGCCACCGCCGCCGGCCAUCUCCCACUCUUUCUCUUACAAUCCCUCCUCGCUGUUGGAAAUUCCCUUUCAACCCUAUGGUGGAAACAACGGCGGCAAUCAUCAUGGACACGGCCAUGCGCGCUCCAGCUCUCAAUGCUCGGCUUACUCUGCCUACUCAUAUGCCUCGUCGACUCCUUCCGAGGCAUUCCUGACUACCCCAGCUGUUUCCGCAUACAGCACUCGAAACAGCACGCCGGUUCGGUCGCCUAUCCGCACUCACGGCCCCUUGCUACUCCCUAAGAUCAGGUCCCAGGACCAAGCGUUAGGGCCUGAAGACGCUACCAUUGCCACGGCACCUCUCAAGCGUGCUCGUGCCUCGCCUGUCCCGACGACGCCUGGAAGCGGUACCACCAGGAGCCGUUCUACGACCUCUGUUAACCGACGUCGAAGUGCUCUCGCCACACCCAAGCAGCCGUAUGCUGCAUCUGUAGCGGCUGCCUCACGCCAUAUGCGCAGCCUCACGAACCCAGACUCGGUUGUGCCUUUCAACGCUUCUCAGUCAUUUUCUGUCGACAACACCCAGGAGCAAGCUGCAUCGGCGAGGGCCGUGACGCCCGUGUCCGUUUUCGAGUCUACACCCCCACCGCCUACACUGCUGUGCUCUCCUGUCAACUUUGUUCAGUCAUCGACGCAACUGUCACAGCUUACGCAGUCUGCUUUCCCGCAGCAGCAGCACCACCACCAUCACCACCAGAGCGAGUCCAUCCACAGUCGCCGUGCAUCGACAUGCAGCCUUGAUGGCAGCUUCACUUUGGAUGGCAAGUUCGAUUAUGAGUAUGGCUUUGCGCCGUACCCAGGCACCGUGCCAACCAACUACAUGACCGCAGAUGGCAGCAGCCAGGAAAGAGAGACGUACCUGUACCGGGACCAGGAACAACAGCCUCAGCAGUACAUGCCGCGGGAGACUUCUCCACUAUCGGUGGAGUCCGCCUCGCCAGAGCCCGUGGUCUUGCCGGCACCCCUCUCUAUCCCGGUGACGGUGCCCGUCAUCACAGCUACGCCACCAUCAGCCACAUCGGCUCCCGCUACAUCAGGACCGACCACCUCGCUGGUGACAUACUUGACGGCGCCCAAUCCAGCUCCUGCCUUGGUGCGCACCAUAUCGUUCCCUCUUCGGGACCCCAACACCAAGCAUUAUUGGUGGGAUGUGCGCCAGGUGCGCCCCUGGUCAUCCUUUACAAUGCCGAACCUGUCGGCUUUGCCCGGUGCAUCCUCUGUAUUGACAUGCCCCAUGCCUGUGUCACUCCUGCCGACGCCGCACGCGCCUGCCCGCAGCAUCCAUCCGGAGACAGAGUCAGACCUACACAACCUGUGCGCCGCGCAUUACCUGCCGCGCAUCAAUGCCGCACUCGCCUUCUCGUCCUCGCGCCCGAUUCAGCUGACAUCUUCGACUGCAUCCGUCGACGCCGUUACUGCCUCGACCUACGACGAGUUCUUUGUUGGUCAUGUGGCUGGCGACAGUGCCCCCGCUGCUGCGCUUUUCGGUGGCAAGCCCACCGCUCGCGUUGUCGGCCUUGUUAAGAGCUUCGACCGCUUCAACACUGGCAUGCGCGCCGAAGGAAACAUUAAGCGUGUCGAGUACUUGCGCGGGCUGGCCCACUUGCACCACCUGAUGCGCGAGCACAGCUGUCGCUACGGUUUCCUAAUCACCGAGAUCGAGCUUGUCAUCGUGCGCAAUGGCACCGAGACCACGCCACAGUUCGGCCAGCUGGAGGUUGCCAGUGUUCCCUUGGCCAAGACGACCGUGAGCUCCCAAGCAGUUGAUGACAUAAAGGAUGGGCUUGCGGAGACGCCCCUGACAGCCGGCCUGGCACUGUGGGGUCUUUGCAUGCUGGCAAGUGACGAGAUGGCGGCUGCCGCUGUAUCUCCUUCAGCAGCAUCGUCGAUGCCUCUCCUUUGUUCAUAUAGCACGCACAUUGGCGCUCCCGCUGAGGGUACGCGUCGUAAAGCUGCACCUCGUGCUUCCUGGAUGCCGCUGCCGCAGCUUGCCGAGAAGCGUACUGCCAAGCGGGCGCGGGGUUGGGUGAUGCCGGAAGAUGCUGUCGGCCGCAAGGAGAUGGGCCGCCGGGGUGUGCGGUACAAUGGAGCCCAUUGA